AUGAGAUUCGCCGUACUUAUCGCCUGCGUUGUGGCAGUUGCCAGCGCUCAAUUCAACCAGGGACAAUACUUCCCACAAAAGGACCAGAGUGGUCAGUACAAGAAGCUCAACCAAUACAACCCCUACAGCAACCAAUUCAAUGGACGUAACCAAUACAACCAAUACAACCGUUUCCAAUCCUCCCAACCCACCUACAAACCCUUCGUUACUUCCACUCCCUUCCCCGUCCGCCCUGCAGUGACCGUUACUGAGGCCCCAGUUGCCGUUACUGUCGGCAAGUUUACCCCCGUCCCAGCCCCAAAACCAGUCGUUGCUGUCGCCAAGGUUGCUGCUGAUGCACGUUCCGCUGAAACCGUGAGGUACGGCAACGAAGUCGAAGCUGACGGCAGCUUCAACUACUUCUACGAGACCAACAACGGUAUCGCGGCUCAAGCCCAGGGUGUCCCACGUACCUUCGCCGGUAACCCCCCAGUAUCCCCCUCUGUGGCCCAAGGAUCUUUCUCCUGGACCUCUCCCGAGGGAGAAGUCAUCUCAAUGACCUACGUCGCCGAUGAGAACGGUUACCAGCCCCAAGGAAACGCUAUCCCCCAGCCCCCAGAAGUACCAGCCCAGAUCGCCCGCGCUCUGGCCUACAUCGCUAAGUACGCCCCCGUCACCCGGGAAUAA